UACAACCAUUAUUGCCAUCCCUAACAUAUAUAUAUAAACAAAAAAGAAUUUUUGAGGCCGAAGGUACAUCGUCGCGGAUAGUCAGCGGAUUGUUUUUCGUUUUCGCUUUUCGCACGCCCAGAGAAACAAAUGCUUGCGUUGUGUGAGUGCGGGGUACCUGUGUGUGUUGUGUCGCCAAUUUAUGACGCAUGCCGAAGUGCAAGCGCCCAUUAAACACCAAGCAAUUGUGGGGAAAAGGCAAAAAAAAGAAGAAAUGCAUUUUAGAUGCCAGAAUCGCGGGCGGAAAAGUACAUAAACCGAAAACCGAUACCCUCGGGUGGAAUAUACAAAAACGAAAAACGAAGAAAAAAAAGAGUGCGUGCACUCGGUAAUUGUGUUUCUUAUGCGUGUGAGACCUCUUAGAAGUUCGAAAAAAUUGGUUAAAUCUACAAAAUAAAGUAGAAAUUUUAAGUGUUGUUAAUUAUUCAGAACCAUUGUAUUAGGCCAAAAUAGAUUUUAAGUCUAAUAUUGUCAAAAUUAGUUGGCAAGCGGAUCUAGAAGAAGCAGCUAUAGCAGCAACAACAAACUGGCCGAGUCGGAAAACGCAGCGCAAAACUCCAACAUGAGUUGGGGUACUGAGCUAUGGGAUCAGAACGAUAAUCUGGCGAUGCACACCCACAGAGGCAUCGAGGGUCUGGACAGAUUUGCCAGCUUCUUGCGGGAUCGGGUGGCCAUAGAAGCCGAGUACGCCGGCAAGUUGAGGCGACUGGUGAAAAACUACCAGCCCAAAAAGAAGGAGGAGGAAGACAAUGAAUUCACAACGAUGCAAGCGUUCCGCAACAUGCUCAAGGAGGUGGGCGAUCUGGCGGGACAGCGCGAAAUAGUCUCAGAAUCCCUGCAGAACCAGAUCAUCCUGGGUGUGACGCUCCUGUCGAAGACACUGCGCGAAGAUCGCAAGAAAUGCCUUAGCGAUGGUGCAACACUGCAACAGAACCUCAACACACAGCUCACCUCGCUGGAGAGGGCCAAGCGGAACUACGAGAAGGCCUACCGCGACUCCGAGAAGGCCGUGGACAGCUACAAGCGGGCCGACAUGGACCUCAAUCUCAGCCGAGCGGAGGUGGAGCGCUACAAAAACGUGAUGACCACCAAGAUCCAGCAGUCGGACGACGCCAAGAACGAGUACGCCAACCAGUUGCAGAAGACCAACAACCUGCAACAGCAACACUACAGCAUGAUGCUGCCCGCCGUUCUCAACCGGCUGCAGGAGCUGGACGAGAAGCGCACCCGUGGCUUCAAGGAGUUCAUAAUUGGGGCAGCGGAGGCAGAGUCCUCCGUGGCGCCCAUCAUUGCCCGCUGUAUGGAGGGAAUCGUAAAGGCUGGGGAAUCAAUAGACGAGAAAGAGGACUCCAGCAAAGUCAUAGAAAGAUACCAGUCUGGUUUCACGCCUCCGAGGGAUAUACCCUUCGAGGAUCUGUCCAAGAGCGAUCCGGACGCCGUUCACGACUCACACUACAGCAACUCGACAGCGAACCACCUGACGAUCAGGGGCACCAUGAGCGCCAACAAGCUGAAGAAGCGAGUGGGCAUCUUCAACAUCUUUGGCAGCAAUAAGAACUCCCUAACUGCGGACGGACAAAAGGAGGACUUCAGCGAUCUGCCACCGAAUCAGCGAAGAAAGAAGCUGCAGGCGAAGAUCACCGAACUGCAGCAGAAGAUCGCCCAGGAAACAAAUGCCAGGGACGGCCUGAUGAAAAUGAAGAUCGUCUAUGAGGCGAACUCUUCGCUGGGCAAUCCCAUGACCGUCGAGGGACAACUGAACGAAUCGGAACACAAGCUGGAAAAACUGAAAGUGGAUCUCAAGAAGUAUCAGGGCUUCUUGGAGAAGGCCAACCAAGUGCAGAUGGCCACCAGUAGUCCGCAGGCGAAUCGCAAUCAAUUGCAGAACGGUCACAGAACCUCAAGACAUUCCAAUGGCAGUGCCGAUGACCAUCACGACGAUGGCGACGACCAGCCCGACGAUGCUGGCAGCUUAAGCAGGUCAGAUUCUGAGGAUAAUGUGGCGCAAAUACAAAAUGGGCAUAAUAAUAACAAUAACGGCAGUUCGGCAAGUCCGGAGAGCGGUCUGGGCACGUCGCAUACAUCCCUGCCAGGAUCCGGGCAGGGCAGUGCCAACGAGAACGCAAUUGGAGAGGAUACCUACUACGAAACGGAGGUGGAAGCUCUGCAGCCCCUGGGCACAUGUCGAGCCUUGUAUCCAUUUGAAGCCACCAGCGAAGGCAGUAUACCCAUGAACGAGGGCGAGGAGCUGCAAGUGAUUGAAAUCGACCAAGGAGACGGAUGGACGCGAGUGCGGCGAGCAAAUAAUUCAAAUGGCUGGGACGAGGGCUUCGUGCCAACGAGUUACAUCGAGUGCACGCUCUACGCUUAGAAUUAAGAAUAAAAUUGGGGCGGGCAAUUAGCCGGGCGGUUUUAAAUGUUAACUACUCAGCAAACAAUUGUGUAUGUUCGAUUUAUUUGUGUACUUUUGUCAUAACUUUGCGUUCUUGCGGACAGCCAGCCAUACUAUACACGAAACACUACACACCUCCAACACCACCUAAAAAGAUACACCCAACACACUGUACAUUUGACCUAAGCUAAGUUCGAAUCAUUUAACCUUUGUACGCUUUGUGUAUUUACUUUGAUUUUAAUCGUCAUGAUCGAUCUUAUGGUAGUGCAAGCUAUAUCAUACUAUAAAUACUAUAGUCAUAAUGCACCUACGAGCAGACCUCACCUAAUUGUAAGCACCGCAACGUUUCCCUCUUCACCUACAACAAUCAUGAUAACACCUAUUUACAUACAUAUAUAUAUGAAACGAGAUUUAUAUGGCAAUUGAAUACGUGAGAACUUUGAAAGAAAAACUGAAAAAAACUUAAGAAAACUAUUGCCGGUUGGCAUUGAAAAUAGUCUUGUGAACACGUUUUUAAACUGCAGAGCUAGAUGCUAGAUUUGAAAAUGUCUUGACGAUAAUUAUUUUCAUUUAAAUCACGGCUUUGGCCUUAGAGAGCAUCAGCUGCUUUUCCGGAUCGGAGCGAAGAUCGGAAAUGCUGUAGACUGCGACUUCCAUCGAAAUGAUGCAUUAAAAUAGGGUAGAUAUGCAAAGAACCUAGAAGGGAGGACACACAUCCCAGAACCACAUCAGACCAGAACACCCACAACUCAAGGAUAUGUAGGCAAAAGUUAUGGCAAUCUUGCAUGACAUGGGGCAUAUGCAUUUGCGGAAGCAAAGAACGCGCUAGCUUGUUUAUAUAUAUAGAAACAAUUGUACAUUUUACUUUACACACUCUAUGCUAAUUCUUAAUUUUAAUUUGAUGAUAAUUUUGUAUUGCUCUUUGCCUUGUACAUUUUCACACCACAAACACACACACACAUACACCCACCCAAACACACAAAACUAUGUUUAAAGGAAGGUCCUUGUCGAUGCUGCAGCGCGUAAUUUUGAUUUAAAGGACCCCUAGACUCUAAGUUCAUGCAACAUUUAAGGCUUAAGUCAGAGCAAAGCCGGGCGGCGCUGCAUUCAUGUCAUCUUCAACGCCACUUUGCAAUACAUUUAUUUAUAAACAAAUAUUUUAAAAGGAUAUACUAUACAAUGUACGUGUAGGUAUAUUGGUAGACCACAAUCAAAAACUGAAAUCACGGAAGUCUGCGCAGAGAAUCUGGACGGAGCGAGUUAGGUUUUUAGUUAGGCUUAUCGUAUUCUGCAGCCUUUUCCAUGUGUAUUUUGUACUUUUAUUUCGCAUAUUAUAUUAUGCCACUAUGCUUUAGCAUUUAAGUGUGAAAUCAACUGAAACUGAAUAAUUCUGUUUUCUUAUGUUAAAUAAAAUAUGUAAACGAAUGAUGAACUAAUCUUAGUGCGAGCGCAGCAAAUAAACAAUUCCAAAAUUCUUAAAUUUAUCUAAUUUUAAAUUCGAUAUUGAAAACAGGCACAUACGUAUUAACGAUAAAAUGUUUACAUCAUCAAAUGGAAGGAAAUUAAUUGAAUUUAAGUGAAGAAACUACGGCAAAUGUAUGUGAGAAUUGUCAGCAUAAUAAAAGUAACUAAAAUUAA